CCCCCGUCCCUCACACUUGGCGGGAUGCUGAGGAGGAGGAUGAAGAUGACGAUGAUGAAGAAGAAGGAAUUAUCCCUGCCUCUUCUCGCCCUCUGUACGUUGUGCCGGGGGGCGGCUCCGUGCUUGCCGGAAGGAAUUCCAGGCUGGAAUUUCAAGGUUGAAAAUCAGAAUUUUUCCCCACUUUCUCCACCUUGGAAGAAUCAGGUUCCAACAUCUGGGAAAGAAUCCAUCAAAACAGGAGCGGGAAGAUGCGGAACGUGCGGGCCGGGCUAUCCCAGCCCCCUGGAGGCCAUGAAAGGGCCCCGGGAGCGGCUGCUGUACCUGCCCUGCAUCUACCGGAACACCGGGAUCAACAUUCCCGAUUUCCUGGCCACCGUGGACGUGGAUCCACAAUCGCCGCAGUACUGCCAGGUGAGGCUGCCCGGAGAACCCCGGGAAAUCGGGGGGAAUCCUGGGGAAUCUGGGAAAAUCCAGGAGAAUCCAUGGAUGUGGAUCCCAAAGCGCCGCGGUGCUGCCAGGUGAGGAUGCCCGGAGAAUCCAGGGGGAAUCCGGGGGAAUUUGGGAUCCCAAAUCCAUGAGAAUCUUGGGGAGAAUCUGAGAGAACUCAGGAGAAUCUGGGAUCCAAAAUCCAGGAGAAUCAGGGAGAAUCCAGGAGAAUCUGGGGGAAUCCUGGAGAAUCCAG